AUGGCUGAUGAUUAUUCAUUAACCCAUAAGCUAAGUGCUAAGGUUAAUUACAAUACUCCAGUUAGUUGUCAGGCUUCCCAUGGUACAGCUAGUUCUAUCAAUAAAUCUACUAAGUCAGGUCAAGUUGACAAGUCUGUAAAUCAGACUAACAAUGUACAUCAAAGUACUGAGUGUCCUGUAAGGGUAAUGACAUGCGCAUAUUGUAAAAAGAAAGGUCAUACAAUGUCUGACUGUUGGUCAUUGAAGAAAAAGGAAGAGAGAAAGGCUAAAGGUGUACAGCCUAACGCGUGUACCGCUGUAAUCCCAAAAAGGAAAACAGCUAAAACCAUGAGCCUGGACAAACACUGUCCUACUAAAUCUAAGUCUGUUAUGGACAAGAUGAAACCCUUUCUAUCUCAGGGAUAUGUUUCCCCUGAAGGUGAAGAUAACAAUAGGAUUCCUAUUACAAUCCUUAGAGACACGGGGUCUUGUCAAUCUCUGUUUUUAGAAAGCGCUUUGCCUGUUUCGGAGAAAACUUAUAUGGGCGCUGACGUACUCGUCCAAGGAGUUGGGUCAGGAUUUAUACCCGCCCCGCUUCACCAGGUUUACCUUGAAUCAGACUUGGUGUCCGGGCUUGUUCAAGUGGGCGUGUUGCCUACUCUUCCAAUGGAAGGAGUAUCAUUACUCCUUGGUAAUGAUUUAGCAGGUGAUAAAGUUAUUGUUAACCCUAUAGUAACUAACCAACCUGAAUGUACAGAAAAUGUAUUCGUCCAACCAACAGGAAUCUGUACUAGGGCAAUGAGUGCUAAAAUGUUAGAAAAUGAAGAUGAAACUUCUGUUGCUGAAUCCAGUCCUACUCAUAGUAAGGAAACAUGUAAUGGUAAAAGUUCCAAACUAGAAGAGCAUGGUAGUUUAAACAAGGACGUGCUUAGUCGGGAGCACCUGAUUUAUGAGCAAAAUAGGGAUCCAGAAUUAUUAUCCCUUAGAGAUAAAUCAUUAUCUGGGGAAGAAAGAGACAAAGUUCCUGUUUGUUAUUUUGAAAAGGAUGGUGUAUUGAUGAGGAAAUGGAGACCUCCAGAUGUAGGUGUGGAGGAUGAGUGGGAGGUGGUGUAUCAGAUUGUGGUACCAAAGGUAUAUAGGGAGCAGGUAAUGUCAAUAGGUCACGACAGCCCUAUGGCUGGGCAUUUGGGUGUCACCAAAACUUAUAAUAGAGUUUUGACCCAUUUUUUCUGGCCUAAGAUGAAAAGUGAUGUAGCUCAGUACUGUAGAUCUUGUCAUAUCUGUCAGGUUGUGGGAAAACCAAACCAAAAGAUACCCUGUGCCCCUCUCCAACCGAUACCAGCCUGCGAUGAACCUUUUUCGCAAGUUAUUAUAGAUUGUGUAGGUCCCCUACCUAAAACUAGUUCAGGAAAUGAAUACCUAUUAACUGUGAUGUGUGCAUCGACAAGGUUCCCAGAAGCCAUUCCUUUAAGGAAUAUAAAGGCUACCACUAUAGUGUCAGCAUUGACAAAAUUCUUUACAUUAGUUGGUUUGCCCAAAUCUAUACAGUCUGAUCAGGGCUCAAAUUUCAUGUCUACUGUUUUUCAGCAGGUGAUGUAUCAGUUAGGUAUCCAACAGUUCAAAUCCAGUGCGUACCACCCAGAGUCCCAAGGGGCACUUGAACGUUUUCACCAAACUCUUAAAAAUAUGAUACGCACCUACUGUUUGGAGUAUGAAAAAGACUGGGACACUGGCAUUCACAUGCUAUUGUUUUCGGCUCGUGAAUCGGUUCAGGAAUCCCUGGGCUAUAGUCCAUUUGAACUUGUAUUUGGUCGUAAAGUCCGUGGACCUCUGAAACUUCUGAAAGAAAAAUGGUUGGAAGAAAGCACUGAUACCAACCUUCUAGAGUAUGUCACCAAUUUUAAACAAAAACUAGUCAGGGCUAGGGAAAUAACUAGUACAAAUUUAAAGGCUAGUCAGAGGAAAAUGAAAACUUGGUAUGACAAAAAUGCUCGGAGUCGAGUAUUUGAACCUGGAGAAAUGGUAUUAGUUCUGUUACCGGUGCCAGGGCACUCCCUACAGGCUCGUUAUCACGGACCUUAUGAAGUAGAAUGUAGAGUAGGAGAGCUGGAUUAUGUUGUUAAAACUCCAGAGCGUAGGAAAACUAAACAGCUAUGUCAUAUCAAUAUGUUAAAGUAUGUUGGUCGAAAUGACCCCAUGAAUACCAAAAGUGUUCCUUGUGCUAUAGUAAACCCAGAAGUAGUGGAGAACAGUAUUGAUGAUCAGGAUAUAGCACCUGAUGAUAGGGAUUGUUCAGUUAGACUUAGGAACUCUGAUGUUCUCUCAAACUUGGAUACAAAGUUAGAACACCUGACAGUUGGUCAGAGAGAACAGAUGAAAGGUUUAAUUAAUGAGAACAUACACCUGUUCCCAGAUGUCCCUAAUAAGACUACAGUAUUGUUUCAUGAUGUUGAUGUAGGGGAGGCAACUCCGAUCAAGCAACAUCCAUAUAGGCUUAACCCAGUUAAGGCUAAGAUAAUGAGUGAUGAAAUUCAGUACAUGUUGGAUAACGAUAUAAUCGAACCUAGCCAAAGUGAAUGGAGUUCUCCGUGUUUGCUAGUUCCUAAACCUGAUAAGUCAUUCCGGUUUUGUACUGACUUUCGUAAAGUUAAUGCGGUUACUAAAACUGACUCUUUUCCUAUGAAGAGGUUGCAAGAUUGUAUUGACAAAGUUGGUAGUGCAAAAUAUGUUACAAAGUUUGACCUUCUUAAAGGCUACUGGCAGGUCCCUUUAACGGAGCGAGCAAAGAAUGUCUCCGCAUUCGUAACUCCGACCGGUCUGUAUCAAUAUAAGGUCAUGCCCUUUGGCAUGAGAAAUGCCCCUGCCACUUUUCAGAGGCUAAUGAACAAGAUGAUAGCUAACCUUGAGGGUACAGAGUGUUAUAUAGAUGAUAUAGUUAUUUAUAGUGACACUUGGGAGCAACAUGUGAAACAAGUGAGUGUGUUCAUGGAAAGAAUGAGUGAGGCAAAUCUGACAAUCAAUUUGGUCAAGAGUGAGCUUUGUUGUGCGACAGUUCAAUAUCUAGGUCAUACUGUAGGUCUACAUCUCAUUUUUAGACAGUAUAUGUUCAAGUUACAGUAA